CCCUCCCCCCACCACAUUCUUGUUCACGGCUUGACCGCACUGCCAGUGUCACCGCAGGCACCACGAACUCGUUGCUCCAGAUUUGGUCCUGUGCAGUAAAAGCAGAAGCCGCAGAAAGUCAGAAGUCGCAGAGAUCAGCAGCAGCAGUCGCAGUAGCAGUCGCAGAGAUCAUCAGCAGCAGUUGCUCGUUUCAAGAGCCAAGGGACCACCCCAAAGUCAGCGAAUUGAACCGACGGUCGCAGCGUCAGCCUCUUUGAGUGUGGACAUCAUGCUCUCCGACAUUGUUCUGCUCGGUCUUGCAACGCUUCUCUCCGUGUUGGAGCAAGCAUAUUUCGUCAGUAAGGUUUACCAAGCCCGGCGCAAGUACAAAGUCAGCCCUCCUGCCAUGAACGGACCGCCCGAGUUUGAUCGAAUCUCAAGGGCACAAAUCAACAGCUUUGAAUACUACCCAAUGUUUUUAACGAUCAUGUGGACUGCCGGUGUAUUCCAACAUCAAGUCCCAGCGUUUGUAAUUGGGCUUGGAUACCUGGCAGCGCGAUUCAAGUACUUCCACGGCUAUGCUGAGGCUGCUGAACUGAGGGUGGUUCCACUGCGUGUGGCUGCGCUGAUGCUGUGGAUACUGGUGGGGCUGGCUGCCAUCGGAAUCGGCAAGGUGAUGGUCUACAAAUAUGCGUACAAGGACAUUCUCCGCGUCUCCAGAUAUUUCAUGGGUAAUUAAAAUUCUGCCGUGACCCAGGCUGUAUUUUUGGUUUGAUUUUGCACGUAGCUUUUCACAGCUAUUCGCAUUACAAGUGGUCUUUCUGUAUUAAAACGCCUGUUAAGUAUUACUGCCCUAAUGCUUUCACCGCAACAAUUGCAGGCAUGAACUUGUUAUUUUUUGCCAAACCAGUUAUGGAUUUUUGUGUUGUGUUGAGCUGCAGGGAAUAGGUCUUGCCGUGGCAUAUAGAGUAACCACAAUUGUAUAUUUCACUUGCCUUAUUACUCAUAUGACAGUUUCAUGUUUUUAAUGUUACAUUUGAUUAAAUUUGUGUUUUGUAUGCAUUAAAUGGCAAUUCCAUGAAUGAUGGGCUGUAAAUGUACAUCUAUGAGGUCCAGCAAUGAAUGUAUUACAUCCAUAAUAGUUCAGCCAUGAGUUUCUAAUGUAGGCUUCGUUCAAAUAAGUCCUGUUCCACACCAAUAUAUUGGUUCCAUUGAUCACGUACCAAUACAUUUCAUUCAGUCCAGGGGCCCAAGUACAGACAUUUUUUGUAAAAUCUGGCAAGCUGUGAAUGUUGUAGGCAAAUAUUUGAAUCCGAGUGAGGUCACAAAUCUAAGGAUAUGGCAGCAGUUGCUAGGGAUGAUGUCAUCACACCCACUGUGCUAACCAAUCGGCUGACUAGAAGAGAACCCCAUGCAACAUGGCCAUCAUGAUGUCAUUUCUCUACACUUCAGCAGGUCUGUGAUUGAGGUAAGUCCAGUAUAAUUAUGUAAUUCAUGUUUAAUAUAAUCGUUAUUAAUGCAAUUAUUAUUGUGAAUGUAUGAUAUUCAUAUUAAUAAUUGAAUUUUACGAUGUUUAUUUUGACAAUUGACAUAGGAGUAGUCCUGACCACCCCUGGUUUUUCUCCUAACUUUUGCAGCUUAAUCAACUCCCUUUAAUGGAAUCGGAGUUAUGACAAGUGUUAGGCAAGGCAAUUUCUAAAAUCGCAUAAGUCGUUCUGCACUUGGGGCCCCUGGACGUCUUCAGAUUAAAUUUCUUUA